GGCGCGUUGACGCUGCAUGCGGACUGAUCGCAUCGCAUUCCAAUGUGAGCGAGAUGUAACCGCUGUGCGGACUUUAUGUUUCCCAAACCGUCUCCAGCCGCAAUUUGAAGGAAUACAAUGUCCAACUUGAUGGAGUCCAACACUUGUCCUGACGGCUACAGGGCUCUGAACACAAGUGAGCUGAGGGAGCUUUUACAAAACGACGACAAAAUGGACCAAAUCAUUCGGCUCAAUGAGAAGUUUCAGGAGCUUCAAGUGGACAGGGAGAUGCUGCUGACCACCAAUCGGAGUUUGGCCGAGGACAGCCUGGCCCGACGACCCCGCCUUUGUAACGGCAAACUCCAACUGGCGGAGAAAUACCGGGAACUGUCCAACCUGGCAACCACAUGCUGGGAAAAACAGAGUCAGCUUGAGGCUCAUGUCCAGAGGCACAGCCUGCAGACGGCGCAGAAUCUCCUGCAGGAAGAGGUGGCACGUGCUGAGGAGCAUUCAGAGGAGCUGCUGGAGAAGUUCAUGGAGGGAAACGUAAGCCUGGAUCAGUUUUUGGGCUCCUUCCAAAGCUCAAGGAAGAUGUAUCAUAUCCGCCGGGCUCAAGUGGAGAAGAUGCAGGAGGUCGCCCAGGAAAAGCGGCAACCGGGCAAAACCAAGCGAGCGGAGGAGAGCAAAGUCCCGGAGGUUGGAGGGAUGUGAAGCACAGGGUUGUGAAGCACAUCUUUAAUGCCAAUAUUAGAAAGAAGAAGAAAAGAAAAGAAAGAAAGAGGCUCUCAUUGUUCAGUCAUAAGACAAAGAGAGGCUUUGUGAGAUGCCAAGUCAUCGAAGUGAAUGAUGGCAUCAAUAAAACGUUGUUUAAUAUAAACUCUCUUUGUUUUUUUCAUCUUGUCAAAUAAGGCAGUGACAUUCAUACAGAUCAUGAAUGCUGAUAAUAUUAGAUCAUCAUAGAGCAAAGUUUUAAACAAAAACAGAGCGGGUGGUAUUUAUAUUUGCAGUGUCGAGUGUGUUAGCAUCACAGAUGAUUACCCAAAGCUGUCUUGCCUUCUCAUGCGAUUUUUUAUUUUUUUUAAUUUUUUUUUUUUAUGAACAGUGUUGGAGCUCGCAAGAUUUAUUUAUUCAUGUAAAUCCUAUUUUAAAUGGCUGACUUCAAAGCUUCUUGUUUACCGUGGUAAAUGAGAAGCUUCUUCUCCUUUUCAAGGCAGCCAGUGUUUUUAUUUCUCCCCGCCACCCGAACUGAGAUGCAGAGUGAGGGGAAUUUAAUCUCUAUGAGAAUGCCGGCGCUCUGCAAGCCCACAGUCAAUUAUGAAGACGUUCAGGAGGUUUCCCCUCUCAUUUCGCUCUCCUUUUUUCUCAUUAUCCAUCCUUCAGCAUUUAAAGACAGAAAAGCUUUGGAAUGUGGUUUUUGAUGGUUCUGCUCUAUACAUUUUGCUCAUUAAUAACUCAUAUAAGUGCAUGCUUACUACAGCUUGACAAAGUACAUGAAAAUGCCUUUUUGUAGGCCAGUGCCCAGUGGCAUAAAGCGUCUUUGAAAUCUUUAUGAUUUGAAUUGUAAAGAAAGAGGUGUUCUAAUUUAACUUCCUAGAAAUAUUUUUAAAUGAGCAAGAUUACUAAAUGCAUUUCAAGGUUUUAUUUAAGAGUAGCUUUGUUUUGGGUUUUUUGUUUUUUGCCAUCAUUUCUAGCAAACAGCUCUCCGCACAAACAAGCUGCUAAGAUCUGUGAAUGCAGCUGCAUCAGUAAAAAAAAAGAAAAGAAGUGGAAAUGCCAAGAGAUGCAACAUUUCUGGGUGAAAAUAAUAUUACCUGAUACUGUGUUUUUGGCUCUACCUCUCUGCCCAGGUCUUUGUGUCUCUGAUCUGAUACAAGGUAAAACAUUUUUUUAGCCUCAACUGCAGAUAUUCCCCCAAAAAUAUGUGGAUGCUUCACUGAUACCGAAAUGCACCUUUUGUCUGGCAGUGUAAUGAACUAGUGAGCUAUAUACAUGUUUUAAUUUUAUCAUAUUAGUUUUGUUUUUUAAUUCUUAGUAUUUGUUUUUUUGUUUUUUUUUGGAAUCUAUGUAUCUAUUCUGCUUUUUGUGUUUUUAUUUAUUACUGGGGGAAAACUGAAAAUAUAUUUCAUAACAAAAAAGCAGCCAGGCCAUCAGACGAGUUAUAAACGAACCCCUAGGUUAGUCAGACGUAAAAUGAAUUGGUAAAAUUAUGUCCUAAACAGUGUUUCUGAUUAUCUGACUGCAUUUGUUUCUUGCCCUGUUGAACUUCUUUUUAUCAGCGUUGCCACAUUCACAGAUCUUACUUUGAUGAGUACAAUGUUAUUUUGAUGUUGUUAAAUUAAUGAUGGCCUGUGGUCUGUUUUCUGGCACACAAAAAUGGUCAAAUCAGUGAAUGAAAUUUAAAUGUACCAAGGCCAUUUUUCUCUCCAGACUGACUUUGAAAUGCCUUUUUCUACUUAGUCCACUAUAGGCUGUUUUUUUAUUUUUAUUUUCUUUAACUUCACCUUUUUUUUGUUUUUUUUUAUUUUAUUACAUUUUUUUUGUACCAUUGUUUUUAUUUAAUUUCAUGCCAUCGCCCACAGGGUUUUUACUUACAAUGUCUUACUAAAUCAAAGGAUACCUCACCUUUUUAUUAUGCACACUAUGAACACAACAACUGAGAAAAGUUUGAUUUGUAGUCAAGACUUGAGAAAUCACUCGAUAUUCAGACGUUUAGCAUAGCUUAAGUUAACUUAGCCUAGGAUAAAGACUGAAAACUGAGGGAAAGAGGUCAUUAGGAAAUCCAACACAAAUAUUGUGGUAAAACCCUCCCACCCUAUAUGACACGAGGUUGUGCUGGACUAUUUCCUGGCCAGGUGGAGUAACUUCUUGGAGUCUCUGACUGACUGGUUGGUUAGACCCAGGUAUAUAGCCUAGGGGAGGGAUUGUUAAUCAGGCCAUUAUUUCCACUUGGUGUACUAAUGCACCAUCUUGUUGUGACGACUGACAUCUGAGUCGUUAAAGUCACUGGAGUCCAACUGAAGUGACUCCAACGACUGUCAUCAACACCAGAAGACGGGUAACCUUAACAGCUGCCAUCCUCACCGGAGGUCAGGUGACCUUAACGACUAGGACCUUUGUUGCGACUACAAGGAGCACUAACAAACCAAGUGGAAACAAUGGCCUGGUUAACAAUCCCAACACCUGUAUCUCCCCACUAGUCAGUCAGAACUGAAGAAGCCUCUUGGAUGAAGGUGAAACGUCUUCACGGAUCUACAACCAAGUCCAGUUGACCCAUCUUGAAGAGAGGUGGCUACCUCCUAAUGACAAUACGUCUCCAGGAAGUUACAUUGACUUGUAGUUCGUACAGAUUAAACAACAAGUGGAGGUAUAUGAGAUAUAACAUGUUACUUGGUGAGUUGGUCAUAGGGGGAUUCUGACACCUUCAGGCUAACUAUCCCCCCGGUUCCAGUCUUAAUGCUAAGCUAAGCUAAUUUUCUGUUGGCUCCAGCUUCAAGUUUAGAGUACACACAUUAGAGUAGUGUCAAUCUUAUCUUGUGACAAGAAAACAAAUGUCCCAGAAUAUCAAGCUAUUCUUUUAAGUAGAACUCAAGAAAUAUCUUCACAUUUUUUGAUGUAACUAGGCACUGGCUCCAACCAAACAUGCAGUUCUGUUUCCACUCAGGGUCUUAGAGAAAGAAAAAUGCAGUGCCGCUUGAUAACCUGUAGCACAGAUGGACCCAGGGUGACGGUGAAUCCGGACCCAUGGAUCUCAUGUGGCCCCCCCACCCCGUUUUCUUUACAGGUGCAUGGCAGAGAGACUCAAACCAUAACCACAGUGACACCAAAUCACCCCUGACAUUCCUCUGUUGCAGUGAGAUUUGACUGAAUGAAGGUUGUAAUAGUUUAUUGCUUGAGUUUUUUUGUUUUUGUUUGUUUUUGUAACGGUGUUGUCUGUUGUGGCUAAAAACAACCGAGAAUCCACCCUCAAUAAAAUCACUGGAAUUUUAUUCAGGCCAGAUGAUUUAUGUAAGAUUGGAAGCUUACGUGUUUGAAAUAUUCUCAAAAUGUAAAGUGCUUGUUUCUGCAAUUGUGGUUUUGUUUGUCUGGUCUGUUAUAUUGUGUGUCUCUUUUCUAUCAAGGAUUUCGCCCAGCAGCCUUCAUUUACGAGCUGUAAUGAAAUACUUUACUUUAGAGUUUAAAUUUAAAUAAAGUGCGACCACUCGCUAAGGCAAACACCCCCAAACAUUGAUUACACAUGAUUUACAUCAGAGCAUCACAGACGAAGGGAACUGUGGCUGCAGGCGGUCGUACCAGAUGAUUAUGAGCGAUGUCAAAGCCGAUCAGUGCUACAUUGAGUGAAGAUGAGCUAAUAAUAUCCAAGUCUUCCCAUCCCUCCACCUCUGCACGGAGCUUGUGUGUUUAGCAGCCGAAGUACAGUGUGUAGACACGUGCAUGUCAAAACCUCUCAGAAUAAAAACAGGAAGGAAAUGUCAA